UCGGCCUGACCUCCUACUACGGGGCCACUGACGUGAGGGCAGGACGGGGCCACGGUGCGGGCGCUGCUGGCACGCGGGCACCAAACUCUGCACCAUGAUCUUCUCCAGUGUACCCAUGAGGAUACCCACCGGGAAACUGCAGACCUAUGUGUCAUCCGCGCAGCAUAUGGCUCCUCCCAGCCCUAGUAAUAGUAGUGGCGGUGGAGAAGGAGGAGGAGGUGGAGGUGGAGAACAGCUCAGCAAAACCAACCUCUACAUCAGAGGUCUUCAUCCCAGCACCACGGACCAAGACCUGGUGAAGCUGUGCCAGCCAUAUGGAAAAAUUGUCUCCACCAAAGCUAUUUUGGAUAAAACAACCAACAAGUGUAAAGGAUAUGGGUUUGUGGAUUUUGAUAGUCCUGGCGCUGCCCAAAAGGCCGUUAAUGCUCUGAAGGCCACUGGGGUGCAAGCUCAAAUGGCAAAGCAACAGGAACAAGAUCCGACAAACCUGUACAUCUCCAACUUACCCGUCAGCAUGGACGAGCAGGAGCUGGAAUCGCUGCUGAAACCUUUUGGGCAGGUUAUAUCCACUCGUAUAUUGAGGGAUGCUAAUGGGACCAGCCGAGGGGUUGGUUUUGCGAGGAUGGAGUCUACAGAGAAAUGUGAAGCUGUGAUUUCUCACUUCAAUGGCAAAUACAUGAAAGCGCCACCUGGUGUCCCAGCGCCCCAGGAGCCCCUACUUUGCAAGUUUGCUGAUGGAGGUCAAAAAAAGAGGCAAACCCAGGGGAAGUAUAUUCAGAAUGGACGUGGCUGGCCACGCGAGGGAGAGACGGGUGGAAUGACUUUGACAUAUGAUCCUACAACUGCCCUGCAGAAUGGGUUUUACACCACCCCGUACAGUAUUGCCCCAAACCGGGUGAUUGCUCAGGCAGCCCUCUCCCCAUACCUGCCAUCACCUGUUUCUUCUUAUCAGGUUCAUAAUCCUUCCUGGAUGCAUCAUCAGUCUUACCUCAUGCAGCCUGCAGGAACUGUUCUCACUCCCACUAUGGACCAUGCUAUUUCCAUCCAGCCUGCUUCCAUGAUGGGACCUCUGACUCAGCAGCUGGGACACUUGUCACUGGGGAGCACGGGAGCGUAUAUGCCAGCUGCAGCCGCUAUGCAGGGGGCUUAUAUCCCCCAGUACUCGUCCGUGCCUUCUACUGUCUCCAUAGAGUGGGCAGCCUCAACAAGUUGCCGUGGAAACCACCACAGAACACGCCACUUAUUCGUACCAGUGAAAGAAAGUGCAGGUUCACACGUGAAUAUGAAUCAGCCCAGGAUGUGACUGGAUGGAAAGCUGCAGGGCUGAACAUGAGGCUUUACUGAAUAAUGGGGAUAGCUGAAAAAAAAGUUAGAAAAAAAGAAAUAAACACGCUGGGGGGAUGAAUGAAGAAAAAAAAUAUUUUUCUUUCUUUCUUUUGCAAAGAAGCAUUUUUACUGCAAUAAACUUUAAAACUUCCAAGGAACCAAAGCAGCUAGAAAAAGAGAACUCAAGAAACCUAAUGAAACCAGAACAGACUUUCAAAUUUCAACUGAGAAAUACAAAAAAAAAAAAAGAACAAAAAAAGUGUAAAAAAAUAACAAACAGAAAAAAAAUCCAACAAAGCGUAAAAACAAAUUCUAUUUUAAUAAGAAGAUUUUUUUUUGUCAUUUUUUUACCGUAGAUAUUUUUUUUUUUAAUUUUUAUUUAAAUGCGUGACAUACAAGGAAAGUGCAGCACCAGGACAUAAGCGGCGAACCGUAUGCGAAACAGACUGCAAUGGGGAAGUUGCAAUUUUGCUGCCUGACACCAUUUUUUUUUUUUUCAUUUUUUAAAGGACUG